CAUGUCAUGGAUGAGUCUGGUGGAACUAGAUUUGAAGGGCUCAAUCCUACUGUUAGGAAGAAAAGAAGCCACAUGUUGCGGCGACCUAGACCUGAGAAGCCGUUUUUCCAUGAUAGCCGCGAUCAGUCACCCUUAACACCAGUUUCAGAUGAUUUUGGUAGGGUUUCCAGUGAUGAGAACAUUGAUGAUGCCAGUGCUGGACGGAAAAUGUUCAACCUUAAUCAUUGCAUGUCUAGAGGCUCUGCUUCCAGAGUGGCUGACGGGGGAUCUAGUCUUUUACAUAGUAAUGGAGUUCCAGGAGAUGAUACAUAUCCCCAGCAUGGAUCCUCUCUUAGGCAACCAGGAACUGUUCAGGAUGGUGUUGGCAGUGAUAGCAAGCUGAAAAAAGUUAAGUUGAAAGUUGGGGGUGUGACACGCACCAUACAAACCAAAACCGAUUAUCGUGGUGCAUAUGGCGGUGGUUUGUCUACUACAAGUGCACGAGCCUUGGAUGGCUCGCUGCCACGGCAGAAACUGACUCCACAGGACACUUUGAGCAAAGACGGCCUUUCGGAAAGGAAAAGUGGGUUGCAAGGAAUUUUAUCGAGGGAUUCGCCCAAAGGCUCUUUUGCUGCUGGAAUGGGGAAGAUGCCAGUGACGAAUGCCUUUGAAAAAGGAGGUGACAAGUCAGAUCCAUCUCGUAAGAGUAAGAGGGUGCCAAAGAGGCGUGCAUCGGAGUGGUUUGAUGAGGAUGACAAAGAUGACGAGAUUCGAUACUUGGAGAAGCUUAAAACCUCGAAGAUUGCAGGAUAUAAAGAUUUUGAGGAGGAAUUGACCAAUAAAAGAAGUCUUUCCCGGGUUUCAAGGGUUAGCAGGUAUGAAAAGGAUGAAAAUGUGGGAAGGUCAAGGAAAGAUGUUAGGAAGAAAUCAGAGCAAGGUUCUGAGGACACUGCUUAUGAGGUGGAAGAGCUCCUGUCUGAUGGCGAGCCUGAAGGAAAAAAGAAGCAAAAACAAAGGAAGGAAUCCUCAGAUUCAUCGAACGAAGGGACGAGAGGAGAAAUGACUCUUACAACACGACAGCGAGCUCUCCUAUCUAGCAAGGAUUCUUCUGCUUCUUCUGUGAGUCAGAUUGAGUUCCCUAACGGUUUACCACCGGCACCUCCUCGAAAGCAAAAGGAGAAGCUCACCGAGGUUGAGCAGCAACUGAAGAAAGCAGAGGCUGCUCAGAAACGUAGAAUGCAAAAUGAGAAGGCUGCUCGGGAAUCAGAGGCUGAGGCAAUUAGGAAAAUUCUCGGUCAAGAUUCUAACAGGAAGAAGAAAGAAGAUAAAAUGAAGAAGCGGCAGGAAGAGUUGGCUCAGGAGAAGGCUGCCAAAGAGCAGAUGCUUGCGAAAAGCACUGUCAGAGUGGUUAUGGGCCCUACUGGGACUGUGGUGACAUUUCCUGAAGAUAUGGGUUUACCUCAUAUUUUUAACUCUAAACCUUGCAGUUACCCUCCCCCUCGUGAGAAAUGUGCUGGUCCUUCCUGCGUGAAUCCUUACAAGUAUCGGGAUUCUAAGACAAAACUUCCUCUGUGCAGUCUCCAGUGCUACAAGGCAAUUCAUGAAAAGGGACAGGCUUGAAAGCCUGCUAAAAGAUGUUAUGACAUAUGCUCUUGCACAUUAUUUAGAUUUAAGCUGGUAUAAUGAGGAUAUCUUUUCCAUAUACAGGAAUCAGGACCAAAGAUAUCUGGGAACAAAUUGUGUACAGGAAUAUUUUGGUUCCUUAUAUAAAUGUAUGCCCCGCUGCCCCUAGUUCAUUGGUCA